GGUUUGUGACAAAGCUCUAGGGCAACCGCAUAAUUAUUUGGAAUAUUGUUGAAGUAUAUUCCGUAGAAAUUUUCUUUUCCGCUGUUUAGCUCGAGAAGAGUUGCAAUUACUUGCAGCGACAGCAUGGCCGAAGAGAGCCCGGUUGAAAACAGAGGAACUGUGGAAGCGGCGUAUAAUAAAUUGAUAGAUAUCGAGUUUACUGCCGAGAAUGGAAAUUCUAGUCGUGAAAGAUCACCACAGGAAAACACAGAUAACGCUCCACUAUUGACACAAAUCACUCCACGCUCCACUGAAUCGCCAUCUUUAGAAGGUAACCAUUCUUAUCUCUGCAGUUUCCGUCAGCUAUUCCGUGUGAAAAAGCUAGUGAAUUCUUUAAACCAGAAUCGUCUGUAUAGCUAUAGGUGACAGUUCCACCUGUUAUGUUACAGAUGAACUCUCCGUCAUUGUCUUUUCUCGAGGAGAAUCCUUUGAAUGAAAACCAUUUAACAUACAAAUGCGUAGGGGAUAAAUUAGCAUAAGGACACAAGGGAAGAAAUUCGUGAAAAAGAGACGUUGCGGGUGUUUGAUCAGGCGAUAAUUUUUAAAGAAAACAAGCGGAAACUUGCCAACCACCGUCUGAGACUGAGUAAAUAUUGCUUGAGUCUGUGUCGAUGCACCUCCAAAAUACUUAAAAACGAAACUUGAUCUUAGAGAGCAAUUGCGCCUGUUUUUAAAUGUAAUUUCAGCUUUCGUUCGCGAAAAUUUUAACAAGUCUGUAUAUCAAAUUUACGCGCAAUGCAAAUCAAAGGAACGCGAACUGUGUUAGUUCACCUCCUCGUCUCUUUAGUCUUCUGUUUUAUGGCUAUUUAUGUACGGAUUUGAACUCAACCCUUAAGAAAUACUGCAUUUCCAAACCUUGCCAUCUUGCAGUCUCAGAAGCAAUCUAACUUUCCUCAGAUAAGCCUUCGUAACCUCACAGAAUCUCUUUCAUUUUUCUCAUUAUAUAACAUGAUAACAACUCGACGAGAAGCUUACUCGCAUUAAAUUCUUACCCUCGUAUGGUGUAAGCAGCGAGCUGUUUGAUCUUACAUAGGCUUCUGUAAUGUGUAAAAAGCCUUUUAAGAUUUCAAAUGUCGAUUAAAUUUUGUUCAAAUGAACUGUGACUUAUCAAAAGCUUGCAGUCUUCAUGUCGAAACGGAAUAGACAACUGAUUUGAAUAUAUAUCAACUCAAACUGGAACCCAAGAUUAGGCAGCUCUUAUGCUUCCCACCCAUGACCAAUAACAGUAUUCAAUCCUCAUGUUUGCGCCAAAACAAUUUAAUCCAGAGGUCUCGUUGUAUUUUAUCCCUUUAACCUGUAACAAACUUUGAAAAAUUAAGAAGCCAUAAUUAUCAUCGACAAGCUCGAAAUUACGAUUCAAAAAUGAAACUGCAUAUAUUGGUUGCUCACAAAUAAUUCUCAUUUUAAGUGCUGAUUUUCAUAGUUAAGGUAAUGGAACCUACAAAGAGAACGCAAUUUCUUGCCAUAGGACCACAAAGAAAUUUGAAUUGACCAUUACGGUUUUGAUCUCGAAAUUUGACAUACCCGACAUAUUCAACGCUUCUCGCCUUUACAUGUAAUUAGUGAAAGUGUGAUUUUUGCACAGAAGAAUGAUUAGGAAAAUUGGCUGCCAAUACAUCAGAAUUAAACACAUGAAUUAAGAAAAAAAAUAGCUUUAAAGCCAGACCAAAUUUCAAAGAGAAUAAAAAAACCUCAGACAUAAGAGCUUUGAGUGUGGUAAAAUAUUCGGAAUUACAACCUAGAGAAGACUUCUGUCUCUGCCUAAAUCAGAACUGACAAGACUGCGAAUUGACAGCACUUGCAGAAAACGUCAAGCUUUUUAAUUUAGUAGUGUACAUGUGCUUUUCAUUUCAGGUACUGAUGAAGGCAAGUAUAUCAAUCAAGCAGAAUUACACAGAGCAUCUCUUUGCAGCGGACAAAAAACGUAAGUUGAAAAAUUUUGUUCAGUUAAUCUAGAGUAAAAUGGAGAAUUUAUACAGUUAUAUUAGCCACUACUGUAUUUCGUCCAUAAAAGUCCCAUCCCAGACUUCCCUAGACAAUUCUCUAACGGAGCCCCUGAGUUUUCCCCCUAAGUAUGCUAUGUUUAGCUUGUACCGCGGUGGCUUGCUUCCUGCUCCUUGGUCCCUCAAAUUCACCAUACUUGAUAGAUGUUCAUUUAUCCUUUUUUCUCUCUUCCUUCAGUUUUAUUAACUAAAUUGAGUAUACAGAUCAUGAUAUUCAUUAGGAUUGCGAAAAUAAUUCAAAGGCUAACUCUUUCGCCUUAUUGCGUUCACAUAAUUCUUGAAAGAGGAAGGAUAGAGGCGGUUACAACGUUGAUUCCCAGAAUUUUGUACACAUAAGCUUACAGCGGAACACGAUUUUUUUGCAGGGACCAAGAAAGCACGCAUUUUACACAAAGCAAAAUUCAUAGGAAUGAAGAAGGAAAAAAUAGUGAUGUUGCUACCGAAAACAAAGAAAACUUAGAAGGUGUACCUUCAGAAACAGUUGAAAAAGAGGAGGGAAAUUAUGAAGAACUUGUUUGCUUAGUUAGACAAUUCUAUGUCGAACGACCAGUGAACCCAGCCGCUAUCGCUUAUCAGAAUAUUGAAACUUGUUAGCGACACAUGUCAUCUGCAGUCCUUCGUCUACGUGGCUUCAGCCAUUCAGCGAAAUGUGGAGGUUUAUCACGGAAAGAGGAUUCCUCUUGAAUCCAAAUGGCAGCUCAUCGUUGGACGCCCUACAAGAGGCUCUUACAAGGCCAAAUUUUCAAUCGCUGCGCUUGCUGUAAAAACUGACUAAAACGAAAUUUUCAUUGCAGAAAUUGUUUUGUUCGUAGGAGCACCCCUUCGAAAAGCCACAUUCUGGGUGAACUAGGCGCACUCCACUGUGUCUCUUUGAAUUUGAGACUCAGUACGACCUGAAUAGCUGUGUAGUCUGUUGAGCGAUCGAAUAAGGAUCGAAUUAAACUGUGCUUACGUUGAGCGCGUUAGGAUAAGAG